CGAAAUUGGAUACAUCUUGCAGUGCUUGCACAAUCUCUUAUGUGUCUGUACACUUGUGUGUGUUCCACGGUUCUCCUGUUGUUUAUGCAAAGCUGCGGGUGAUUCGACUUUUUAUAGUCCUACGUGUCAAGUGUCUACUCAAGGAUUAAAGAUAUCUGGGGAGCGUGAUAACUGAUCAAAUAAUCGAUUUGCUGUUGUUCCACAAAAAUGGAUAUGCAUAAAAACGGACCACCGCCACCUUAUGAACCACCUCCAUAUGCACCACCUGCUUAUUCCCAGAAUGUAGGUGGAGUUCCUCCAGCCAGUCCAUUUACGCCAGCACAAGCUUAUGCAAAUGGACCGACUAUAGUUACAACUAUAGUUCCGGUUGGGCCACACUCAACCCAUAUGAUAUGCCCACAGUGCCAUGCUGAAAUAGAUACAACAACAAGAACAGAACCUGGCACGAUUGCUUAUAUUUCAGGAAUCGUAAUAGCGUUUUUGGGAUGUUGGUUUGGUUGCUGCUUGAUUCCUUGUUGCAUCGAUGAAUGCAUGGAUGUUCAUCACACUUGUCCAAAUUGUAAAGCGUAUCUGGGACGUCAUAGGAGAUAAGCAAGUGGAUUGCAUUAGCAUUCACGAAUUGCAUUUGAAUAUUGGAAUAUCUUUACAAUAUUGACCACAAUUCCAACACAUAUGUUAAGCUUGAUAUUGAAUCUCUACAUUUUGGGAAUAAUUCUUUAAGUCAAGAAAGUACCAUACAGGAUGUAGCUUUAUACCAAUCAGCUAUAUCUUUAAAACGAAAAAUGUAUAAUAUUUAAGUAAUUAUAGAUAUUCUACAGUCUAGCACAUGCAGUUUAACAUUUAUAAAAUGAUCUUGUUGCAUA